CCCAACACGGCCAUCGUGGACUUUGCGUACGCCACGACCCACCCGCUCAGAUUGGGCAACUUUCCCGUGAGCAAACACUCGCUGGUGGCCAGCGACCUGGAUUUCUACGAGGACCCGCGCUACGAGUCGUACUCGCCGGACGAAAUCAACCUGCGGGCCGUGGCGCUUUUCGACUUUGUGCCGGAAAACGACAACGAGGUGCCCUUGACCGAGGGCAAGGAGAUCUGGGUCUCGUACCGACACGGCCAGGGCUGGCUCGUGGCCGAGGACCCGGAGACCGGCGAGAACGGGCUUGUGCCCGAGGAGUACGUGGCGAUUCUUGCCGCACAUGAGCCCGCGGACGAGCCCCAGCCGUUCUUGCCGCAUAUCCUACAA